GUGUCAUUUGUAGAGUUCGCUUUCGGUAGUUCGGGUCUCCGUUCGACAUUAUUCAUUGUUCCCCCAAUGCAAUCGCGUUUGAAAUUUCCGUGAAAAUCUCCCGGAAAAUCAGCCCAGUGACCAUUGUAGGUGUCUCCGAAUGUGCUAAAGAAAACACCCAAAAAUUACGAAAGUGAAUAUUUGUGUGAAAAUUUACUUUUUAUCCGUGAAAAUUGAACAAAAACCUCCGCAAAUCCCUAUACUAUUGAACCAACAAAAUGGAGUACGUGUAUUUUUCCUGAUUGUUGCUCUUUGCAAUUUUCUCGUGACUUUUCACAGUGUCUGCGGAGAAAAUCCGCGUGUCUGGAUCCCUGAGAAGUGCAAGUGCCACUGUGUGGGGCUAAAAAAAUGCCCAAAAAGGGAAAUUUGUGAUGGAAAAGUGAUGAAAAUUUUGUGAAGAGAUUCCUCCAAGAGUGCGGCUUUUGUGUGUGUGUUGAGAAAGAAAAGAAAGCUCCUGGCAGGACGCUGAGGAGCUUAUUGGAAUUCAAAAGUUUUCCCCGUUAAGAAAUUCCACCCCGUCCUAAGUGAAUACCCCACCCACCCAAAAUCCAUCCCUGUGCAUCCCCCUCCUUGAAACCUCCAUCCAUUCAGCAUAAUACAUUGAAAAUUGUGCUCGAGAAAGUUGUCUCGUGGGCCAAAGAGAUCACCCACGCAGGCAGAUGAUUGAGAUUUCCGGGAAGACCAACUACCAAUUGCAAUGACAUUCCCCGCCCCGGAUUGAACCUUGAAUCCCUCUUUUUUACCACAAUAUCAACAAAUAAGUGCAUUCAGUGAAGCACCGAAGAAGAAUAAAAAAAAUCUUCCAAAUCAAUCAAUUGAGUUCCACCUCAACCCGUGUCUCCCCUAAAUUCCUUAAAAUCAGUGUAAAGGAAAAAUUAACAUAAAAAAAGCAUAAAAUAAAUUCACAAACCACCCCCAAAAUGCGUGAAUUUAAAGUUGUGGUGCUGGGUUCAGGAGGUGUCGGAAAGUCUGCCCUAACUGUGCAGUUUGUAUCUGGAUGCUUCAUUGAGAAGUACGAUCCGACCAUUGAGGAUUUCUACCGGAAGGAGAUUGAGGUUGACAACUCACCGUGCGUUCUGGAAAUUUUGGAUACCGCCGGAACGGAACAGUUUGCCUCAAUGAGGGAUUUGUACAUAAAAAAUGGCCAUGGAUUUAUUGUUAUGUAUUCACUAACAAAUCAUCAAACGUUUCAAGAUAUAUCAAAUAUGAAAAAUGUUAUUAGUCGUGUUAAGGGAAGUCAACCGGCUCCUAUUCUCCUAGUCGCCAAUAAACUAGAUUUAGAAUGCCAAAGAGAAGUCUCCACACAGGAAGGAAACACCCUCGCAGAACUGUGGGAUUGCCCUUUUGUUGAGGCAUCCGCCAAAGAUCGCAUUAAUGUGAAUGAGGUGUUCGCCACGAUAGUGCGUGAGAUGAAUUCGACGUCGGAGAAGCGCCAAAAGAAGUCCUACUGCUGCUGUACACUUUUAUAGAAGGAGAGCCCCAUUCAGCUCUGCAAUUUUUCCAUUCUAACCAACUUAUUUUAGGUAAGAAAAAAUCAAAACAUUUUCUUACCAAAAAACCCUUUUCAUGAUUUAUUUUUCGUUUUUUUUUUCUUCAAACAUCUCCUCAGAGCUUUCUUGAUCAUUCUCAACUGUGCGUGUUGGAAUGUCCUCGCGCAACGCGUAAAGGUCAUUCAAUUUGGACGCGACGGCAUUUUCUUGUGUAUAAAAAAAUCUUCUUUAAAGUAACUAUUUUUUUUAGUAUAAUUUUUCUUACUGUGUAUAACUAAUUUUGUUGUGUUUUUACUGUGAAGAUAAAACAAAAAUGAUGAGAAACAAGGAUCUUUUGGGGACUCAAAACACACACACACACACUUUUCCGUGUGAAAAAUGUAUUUUUGGGAUCAAAAAAAUAAUCACGAAAGUGUGAGAAGAAUUAAGAGAGAGAAAAAAUGUCGAUAAUAAUUUUUUUAUAUAAGUUAAAAAAUGAUAAAUCUUGUAGAUUUUUUUUUUGCGCGGGAGAUUUUCUCAAGAAAAACAACUUCUAUGUGUCCAUCGAAGGUAAAAUGAAAGAAAAUGGAGAAAAAAAUGAAAUGAAAAAUAAAUAUCAAAUAAAUAAAUUUAAUGAAAAAAAAAUGGAUGAAACAUAUUUGUAUUGACGAAGUGAAGAAAUUUAGUGUUAAAAAUAACCGUAAGACAAAUUAAAAAAAGAAAAUGAAAACUGAUUAAAAUAUAUAUUAAAUCAGUGGGAGAGAAAAAAAGUAGCUGUUAGUGGAAAGAAAGAAUAUUUUUGCACAAUACUUUCGAAAAGAAAAUUAAAAAAAAAAAACAUUCAGCGUUUUUACCGAAGAUAAAAUAUAAAAAUUAAAAAAAAAAUAGAAAAUCCUUCUCUCACCUUUGAGAGAAAAAAAUAUUUUACUGUAAAGAACUUUUCUUCCAUGCCCUGGGAAUGUUCUAAAUACAAGAACACAAAGACAUGGACAGGAUGAAAUGCAAAAAGAAAAAAAUAGUAAUCAUGUGUUUUUUGUAAUAAUCAAAGUAUUAAGAAAAUGGAAAAAAAUAAAAUCAUUUUACUGGAAAUUUGUGAUUUUUGUGCGAUAAUUUGGGAUGGAGAAAUUUUUCCAAGGAAAUAUCUAUGGAAAAUAGCCCAACUUCCACAGGAAAAUGUCGGAACUUUUUCCACAAUUCCCUUCCAAAAAUUUUCUUCUUUCACCAUUGAUUUAUUUUACAAAGAAAUGCUCGCACAAAAAUCCCUAAAAAAAAAAUGAAAGAACCAGAUGUGUAUGCAAGGGGAAAAUAACUGAUAGAUUUUUCCUCGUGUUUUCUUUCACGUGGAAAUAUUCGGAAUUUUCAUGGGAGAAAUCAUAAAGUUUGACGCUGCUUGGAUAUUUUUAGCAUUUUUAAUAUUUUAGCCUCUUAUUCAAUUUUUUUAAACUAUGAAAAUAUUCAGGAAUAUCUAAAAGCAAAUCUUUAGAAAUACAUAGGUAUUCCGAAUAUUUAAAAAUGUUUUCAUAUCUUUUCAGAUAUAAUGUAAGAAAACAUUUAGAAAAUUCAUAAUUAAUUUUCAAAAAAUAUAUUAACAAAUAUUUCUGAUAGAUUUUAAAAUAUUAAAAAAUAUUGAGAAUAUUCAGAGAUUCGGUGUCUUUAAUUCUGCCAGCUAUUUGCCCCUUGUGUACACACAAAAUAUAUAAAAGAAUUGAUGAUGAAAAAAUAAUGCUAUUCUAUAUAAUUAUUAACUUUUACCAAUAAAAACUAAAAAAAAACAUGCAAAUGAGAAUGAAAAAUAUUUACUUAAAUGUAUUACAGGUUAUUUGAGAUGGAACAAAGCAAAAAAAAAUGAAAAAUAAAAAAAUGAUGGAAAAAUAUCUCAACGUCAAUUGAAAAUUAGACGUGAAAAUGGAAAAGAAUCAUAUCUUUUGGGAGGAAGACAAAGAGCGAGAGCGGUGUGUGAGAGAGAACGAGUAAUUUGUCUAUAAGAAAGAUUUUAAUUGUGCGAGAAGGAAAAUUUUUACCUAAAGUGAGGAAAAAACUUGCGAAUGUGUGAAAAGCUUGAAAGAAAAAAAAAUUCCUCAUGCUGAUCAACUCACUGCAAAUGCAAAGAGUUUACUUCCACCAAGCUCAAAAUUUUUCUUUUGGGUGGGGGUGGCAAUGAGAAGGGUGGUGAGCAGUGAGUGCAGCAUUGGGAAAUUGCUAUUUUCAAAAUAAAUGAAGAUGAAGAAAAAAUAUUUAAAUGAAAAAAAUGCUUACGAGGCGAAAACAGGUUCUUUUCUUUUUGAAGAGGAAAAUGAAGGAAGAAAUCCAAAAGAAUGUAAACGACAGAAAACGACCCCACAAUUUUAUGCUGUAAGGAAAGGAAUAAAAUUUAAUAUGAAAA